GUGCAGCAGCAGUAAUUCGGACAGUGUGGUGUCAGUCAGGCAGCAGUGCAGGCAGCACGAGGAAAAAACACGAGGCGGGAUUCUCGCGCGCCAGACUCAGGCUAGUCUGUCAUCCCGAGCCGUUGUAUCCCCUCCUAUCCUUCGGUUCCUCACUUAUGUGUUUGCCUGAGCCCAUACCAGGGGGGUGUGAGAUGGCAAUUAAUGGCCUCCAGUGGAGCUGAAGACAAAAGGAAUGGGGCAUCACGGUCAGCCCUCGUCAUCCAAGCCAAGUCUGCAGUAGUACAUUCACCCAAUGCACGAGGCUCCUUCAACAUUGGAAGAAAGAGACUGCAGGGCAGUGUGGGUGAUUCAGUGCCUCAUCCAAAUGUGAAAGUGCUGUAUGAUAAGCCCUACUCUGUCUCAGGGAUCCCCACACAACGUGCCUGUCCUCACGUGCCUACCAUAACAGUCAGCCGCAUACAGAGCACAAGUGCAAGUUCUUUGAAUGGUGCUAGUAAUGGUUUAAGGACACACAGUGUUUUAUCUAAGAGCUUGCCACAUAUUAACGCUGCUCCCGCUGCAUGCCAUAGCUACCGGCAAUCCCACUGGAACCUUGAUUCAUUUCGGUUCAAGUCAGGGCUGUUAGGAAAGAGAGCCUUUUCGCCUCAGCUGUCUGUCUGUCCUGCUUCUCCCUCUCCACCCAAGUCGUCUUCUCAAAGAGUCAUAAUUGAGAAAAGCAUGCCUACUAAUCAGUCUUUGCCUUGGACGAGCAACAAGCUCAGGGAUAACAGCAUUGGAGUUGUGCGGCCCCCAAAUGCCAAAAUGCUCUCAUACUCUAAACAAGAGACUGGUGUUGGUGAAGCUCCUCAGAGAGUGACAAAUAUAAACUCUGAGGCAGAGUUCACUGCCACCGUCGUGCAAAAACUCACCCCAAAAAAUGUACAUGCAAGACACCGUACACUCAACGGUCUGAGCAACAUAAAGCAUCUCACAGGUAGUACUGUAUCCAUCUGCCUUAUUAAUGAAGAUGAGGAGUCUUGUUUUGCACCUAUGGAAACCAACAGUGCCCUCAGUUUUGAUAUAACUGAUGAGAAGUGCCCCUCUGCUGUUCUGUGUGAUGGUAAGACGCAGGGAGGUGUUUGUGCCAUUCCAGAGGCGACUGGCCACAAUAUGGCCUCUCUUCAGUCGCCGUCUGUUUACACAGUGACAAACCAGAUAUCUGCCAUUCAGCUCACAAAAGAGGAAUGCUGUCAGGCCUCUAAGGUGGACACCAGCCCCAUGACACUUGAAGAGGAGGAGGAUCGUCAUGAGAUUCAGAGGUGUGCACACUUACUCAAUUAA